ACCAUGAGCAAGUAGCGACAGAUCAACACGCUACAUCGGUCCAUUAGAGCUACAUUGGUCUCUGCCAUUGGCACCGUUGCUAGGGGAAGCAUCAACAGCCGCCGUGCCAUCUAGCUGUCCUCCAGCCUCCUUCUCUUGGCCUCUCCACACCCUCACCUGACACAGCACAGAUAGCCAUGACCCACACAAGGAAUGCACGUGUGUCGCUCUGAUCUGGCUUAUCCCCUGCCCCCAUCUCACCCUCCUGCUGCUGCUGCUGGCCAUCGCCGUUGCCCUCGCCAUCGCCCUCUCCGUCGAUGUCGCCCUCCAUGUCUGCACACCCAAGACACGCAAAGAUACAAGUGGGGGGCCCAACCACACACACACACACACACACAUGUAUCCCACUCACCCUCAUCGCUGUCGCCGUCUUCCGCACCCUCAUCAUCAUCCUCUGCACACACACACACACAUCCGAGUAAGACACCUAGCAAGGCGGGCUGGGGGCCACGCACCACUUACCCUCACCACUAUCGCCAUCGUCGUCAUCCGCACUCUCCUCUGCGCACCACCACACACACGCCGAUUCAUCCAACCGACACAUCGAGGUGGCCAAGGCGGCCGGCUGCACACUCACCCUCAUCAGCGACUUCCUGUUGGUUGACCACCAUGUCUGCGAUGGGCUGCCCCACCAGGCCGCCCACCAGAGGGACGGUAGCGGGCCGGCGGUCCUUGAAGGCAGCCGAUGCAUCACCCACUGGCGGCUCGGUGGUGACGACAGCCACACCCACUGCAUUCAGCAGAACAACACACGUCAAAGGAUGGCUCCAUCACCAAAGCAUCUCUGAUUCCUCACCUGUGUCCAUGUUGGCCUGAGUGGCGAGAGCGAUGUACGCGACGAAUGGGCCAUCGAACGGCGUCAGCAGCAGCUGCCGAAGCUCUCCAGGGGGAUCCCUGCCGUCACCUCUGCCCGCCACGACGGCGGUGCAUCGGUUGGGGGGCUGAUGGGGCGAGUGGUUGAGGAGGCCGAUCAGCACACCGCCGUGGGCAUGACUGAGGAGACCAACACAUAACAGAGGGAAGAGGCCCUAAUGGAUGUGUGUGUGCCUGCGUGUGGUGUGUCCUGCCUACCGGUCCACGUCAACCCAAGGCGUCCACCCCCUAUUGGCCACUCCAGGGGUCAUAAUGAUCCUCAUGAUGAAGGAGGACGCCGAGGCCUCAGUGAUCACCCCAUCACCCCCCAUCAUCGGGCGGAGUCGGUAUGGGAGUCGGUCUCUGACGGGGGGAUUGUCGUUGAUGGUGUGUGUGUGGUAUGGGUGGGCGGGGGGGAGGGGCGGGUUGAUGUCCAGCUCAAAGCCCGGCUCGUCCUUGAUGGCACGCACACCGCCGCCCGCCUGGUCGAACAGCUCAAAACGGCCCAACUGGCCGCCGAAGUUGACGUGUCUGCCGACCAUCUUCCACAGCGCCAAAACACGCGGCUCAGCCAAAUACGCCUGCAACAACAGACACACAACACAGCUAUCGAGCCAUCCAUCCCUCCUCGCCUGUCCCCUCCGUCCCGCCCACCUGUUUGGUGGUGUGCCUCUGCAUGUCCUGCACACUCAUGGUGACCGGCAGAGUGCAGAAGCCGCGCUGCACCGCCAACUUCAGCGCGUUCCCCGCCUCGGUCCACUGCUGCGUAUCCACCAGCCAGAUGGCCUUCAGCAGCAGAGGGCUCUCCAGCUGAGUGUCGAAUGCGAUAAUGCCGUCGAGCUGUUUGGCCGCCAGGCAGCGCCCCAGCCGAUUGCGGAGGACGGCGGCCGAGAAGUCGAUCUGCCUGAGGAAUGUCGCUGUGCAUCUGAGGAUGCCGACCUCCUUGUGUUCGUGGAUGGCAUCUCGCUCCUCGCGAUGGAUGAAAUCUAUCGAUUCGUUGCCUCUUGCCGGCGGGAUGGGCUGCCGGCUGCUGGGUACUGUCACCUCAUUUCCCAUUCUCCCAUUCGAGAAUCCCCAAAUCCCUGCCUCGCUGGAAGCGUU